AUGAAUCUGGCUGAGGAGCUGACACAAGAAUAUGGAAUUCCUGAAGAAGUAUCCAUUAAAAUAACGACUACAUAUUUGAAGCUAUUCAGAAAAUGUCCAGAUAAUUGUACCUGCUCGUUAGAUGCUUGGCGAAUGAUAUUAUGGAAUAAAGCAUUAGGAGAAAAGUAUUCAUAUUUAGCCAAAAAUGUUUACGAGCGUUGGUUAUAUUUAAGAUACCAAUAUUUGGCAUUAGAAUCUGAUAUAAUUGCAUUACUUCGACGGUUGAAAGAAAAAUAUUUGUUGGGAUUAAUAACGAAUGGACCAUCCAAUUCACAAUGGGAAAAAGUGAGAAAGCUUUCAUUAGAACAAUACUUUGAUAUUAUUUUAGUAUCAGGUGAUUUGCCAUGGGAAAAGCCAGAAACAAGAAUUUUUGAAGAGGCAUGUCAGUUUCUUCGUGUAACACCAAGUAAUUGCAUAAUGAUUGGUGAUAAAUUAGAAACAGAUAUCUUAGGUGGAAUAGAAGCAGGUUUUGGUGCCACUGUAUGGAUACCAAUUGUAGAUAAACUACACUUAAAUGCAAAUGAUCCACAACCUGAUUUUAUUGUAAGACGUUUAAUGGAUAUUUCAAAUAUAUUGAAUCGUAAACCAGGUGCACCGGAACUUGAAGAUACUUCCUCUAAUGCAUCUGAUGGCAGCUAA